AUGCAUGCGGAGCUUGCGAAUUCCCUCUCGGCCUCACGCUACAAGAGAGCACCUCCAGGCUUCCAUGAAACAAAUUCUCGCAUCCGUCCGUCCCCUUCCGCUGCAACCUGCAAGCCUGCUGCACCUCUCGCAAGGAUCGACAUGGCCGCCUCUGGUGGUGGUGCUGCUGCUCUCCGCGGCCUCGUCGUCGUCCUCGCCGUCCUCUCCGUCUCCGUGUGGGGUGCGGUGGCCACGAUCAACGUCAAGGAGACGUGCUCGUUCACGGCGCACCCGGACCUGUGCGAGAAGGACAUGACCCAGCUGCUGGGCCUGGAAGGCGCGCCGGCGCCGGCGCCGGCGACGUCCGACUGA